AUGCCGGCUGAGGGCAGAUCCAUCCUGGACAUCGCCUUGGGCUGCAACAUGAUGUUGGCGCGCUACUUGCAGGGCUACUGGGAGUGCCCCUCGCUUCACCCGCCGCCGCUGCGUGACAGCGGGGACCACCGAUACAGGCCAGGGCCCCGGCAGCACCGCCUGGAUGAGCCGGAGCUCGCUCAGCUGGUCUUCGAGCGCUUGGAGCACUUGGGAAAGCGGCGACUGGGGCGGCCGCAGCUGGCAGUCGUGAGCAAGGUUCGGCCGCUGGCCAGGCCGCAGGCCGUGUCAAAGGCGACGAGGCUCAUAGAAGAGCACAUUUUGAAACCGCUUCCCCUUCCGGCUAUGAAUAAAUGGACGAAAGUCGCCCCCACAGUUGCCGCGGUGACGCUGCUCUCUCUUUUUCACGGCGGAUUCAUUGUAGACGCCUUCAAGCAGGAGUUUGGCGAGCUUCAGGACGAGCCUUCAGACGGCAGCAGCGACGAAGAUGAGAAGCUCGGCGUGCCUGUGAAUGAAGCGCGCAGAUGGCGCGUGCUUGCGAGAAGGCGGAACAUGCGUGCGACGCACUUCUUGUCCGAUCCUCAGACUUUGUGGAUCAAUCUGCUCUGGUGCCAGCUUGCCCGCGGGGCCAUGACGCUGCACGCGCAGCUCUUCAAGAAUGCCACUUGGUUUUCUGACCGGCCGCAGAAAGAGCGUGACCGAGCAGUGCACCUGCUCGCCGCUUUCUGUCGCACAGACAGCAGCCCGGCACAGCGAGUGCUGCGAGGACUUGCCGCCAUUCUCGAGUCGCCCGACCAGGGCUUAUCCUUGCUGACUUGGCGGUUUGGGCCGCUGGCCGGGUGGCCAGAAGUGCGUCUCCGCAUUGUCCGCAGAGCGAUUCUGGCCAUGGUCGGACAGCUCGCCAGGAAGUUGAUACUGCCUUGGCAGCAGUACCCCUGGCGUGUCUGGCCGCUGGCCGUGCCGGACUCGAGCCCGCAGGAGCGCGCGACACAGGAUCUGUUGGCCGCGCCGCCUUGCUGUUUGGAUAGCGGGUUUUCGCUCAAGCUGCGGCGCAUGAACCCGUCCCAGGAAGAGCUUCUCCGCCCGGACUUGCGAGUGUUUCUGGAGACGGUGUUUCAACGCGUGGUGCCCACGUCCACCUUCAUCGAGAGAAGGUUUGCGCACUUCUCCCACUGGUCAAAAAAUCGGCUCUCCUGGUCUGCGCUGGCGGCGAAGCACGUCACCAACUGGACAAGGACUGCGGCGGAUGCGUGGCGAGAGCAGCACCCCCGGCGCGUGAGGCCGAAGCACAACGCCCGGCCCGCCUGGGUGAAAAGGCUUCCGCGCACAACCGGCUUCAAUGUCUUCGUGGGUGAGUUCCGACGGCAGCACGCCGGGUCUGUGCAGGGCGUCGCAGGCAGACAGGAGAAGGAGGAGCAAGCGGGCAACGCGGAGUCCGAGACAGGCGGCCCGUGGGGCAUGGCGGAGCUUCACGGCCAGUGGCCAAUCUCUUGUGGCCACCUGGAGAAAGUGCUGGCGCCGUGCACCGCCAUCAAGGCCUUCCGAGCGCCAGUGGACGCAGCAGAGGAUCUCCCGGAAAUCAGCGACACUCUGUUCUCGGUUUGCCCGCGGGGCGGGUGUGAAGCGCACCUUAGCCCCGAGCAGCGCGCUGCCUUCCACACACUGCACAGCGCGCUGGUGACAGCUGUGCGCGUGCACGAGCCUGUUCGAAGAGACCUGUCCGCAUCCCCCCUGGUGCUUCAGUGGCGAUCCCCCUCUAGGGGCGACUGCGUGCAGAUUGUCGUGGCCUUCAACGUGAGGAAGGCUCCGUGGGACAUGGUGCUGCUUCAGCUGAGCAAGGAGCCGCCUGGCGCAGAGGCUGCUCCGUACACUAUGCAGCUAACACCGGCCGCAGAUGCGCAGCACUCCUGCGUCACUCGAUCGGACAUGGACCUCUGCCGUGAGCUUGCUGAGAAGGCCUCGGACUGGCGCUUGUUCCGAGCGCGCGUCGGGCCUGCGUCUGCAGACUUGGGGACGUUCAGAAUCGUGUCCCGCGAGGAGCUGACUCAGGAGUUCCUGCAGCAGGCGGCGCUUGAGAUGAAGGAGAUACAGCGCGCGGCCCGGGCUGCCAAGCUGGCGCAGGGCUUGGCCGUGGGAAAGAAGCGCCGGGCGCGCGGCCCACGCAAGCCGAGGCAGCCUAGAGGCGCACCUGAGCGCGCCGACGCGCCCGCUGUAAUGGAAGACGACGUUGCCAGCAUUGCGGAGACCGGGAGUGUCGCUGGCAGCGUGCCGGGUGACGGCAGCGUGCCGGGUGGGAGAUGCGCGGCUGAUCAGCCGCCGGCUCGGUUAGGCCUCACCAAGGUCUGCAGCUGCUGCCUUUGCAACUCAAAGAGCACAGACGCCUCGCCGCUGACGACUGCCUCAGAGGAGGACCAGUACGCAGGGGCCAGGCCGUGGGCCAAGUACCGCCGGCUGAAGGACCCGGCGGAUGUGCUUUUCGACUUUCCGGCCUCGCGGGAGAACGCGCAGGACCACGGCCGCUUUCUCAAGGCGGUCCAGGAGUGGAUUCGGCAGCACAAUGCCAAUCCCGGCCUCGUGAAGGUUGACGUGGCCGCCCUCAAAAGGGCCAAGACUGUCCUGGACACGGAGGCGAAGACCGGGGUGAAGAUGAAAGGCCCCAAGCGGAACUUCGUCCUGCUGGACCACUGGGACGAGAAGUUGGACGGUCCGCUGGACGAGAACAAGAUAGUGGAGAUCACCUGGGGCGGCAAGGUCGUGAAGGGCAUCUACAAGGCCGCAGGCCGGGAAGGUGUGCUAGAAGUUGAAGACUUUGAGGAAGCCAACUUGACAGAGCGGACAAGGCAGCACACAGGAGAAGGCAUGUUCGCUGAGGAAGCUCUGGCAGUCAAAAAGGAGGCGCUAGGCAAAGUGUUCACGGACGCAUCGGACCAGAGAGCGAAGCACACGGUGGCCGCUGGCCCUGCUCCCAUGGAGCUGAGUGCAGUGCUUGGUGCGCUGCGCGGGCUUGUCCCAGACACUGCUUUGGCUGGGGUAGCAGAGACCUCCGGCGAAGGUGCACCAUCAGCCGCAGAAGCACCACUUCCACACUGGGAGCCUGAAGAGGAAGACUUGCCAGACAGUGAGCAGGAAGAAGAUGCUCUGGCAGCCCUGGCUGCCAGCGUGGGUGGUCGUUUGGGCGGUAGAGCCAAGGCAAAGGCGAAGGCUAAGCAGCUUCCCACAGGCAGCAGUGCAGCCAAGACGAAGGUGGCCAGGGCGCCAGCUGCGAGCACGGCUCCCGGUGCGCCCAGCGCGCCAGCUGCUUCGAACCUACAAAAGCAGAAGUUAGAGGCGCGAUCGCGGGGUGAGCCGGCUGAAGCCGAGGCCUUUGUUUUGGACGGGCGCGGCCUGAGACUCCGCGAGAACUUGCAGGAGGCCGCCCAGAAACUGGAGGAGUCAAUGCAAGCGCACUUGGCGCUGGACGUGAACUUACUGAGCAAAGACGCCAAGCAAAUCUUCACAAAGCAGAGCAAAGCCUUGGCGUCCGUCCUCACGGGCGCCAACAAGCACAUCAAGAGGAUUGAGGAGAGCCCCAACCGACAAGGUCUGCUCGCUGAGCUGGAUAGGUUUCAGAAAGCUCGGAGCGCGGCUGGGCUCCUGCUGGACUUGCUCAAGCAACUCUACGCCGCCAACCCUUCAGCGCAGGACUUGGGAGAAGCUGUAGAAGCCUGCCUCGCUGCCCCUCCCAUGCGUAUAGAACUCGGGCCUGGCGUGUGGGAGGCGCUUCUCGAGGCCAAGUGCGCACACUUCUGCUUGUAUCGCGACUUUGUCGGCUACUCUCAACUUUUUCGCUCAUCUGCCAAGGUUCGAGAGCUGCUGAAGAUGGGGACGCCGGACGAAAUUUCUCGAUGGGUUGAGCUUGAGGUGGAGCAGCGACUCAGCAGCUUGCUGCGCGGCUUUCCGCUUGAGGAGGCAAGCAAGAAGGACAGCGAAUACAGGCAGCAGACUCAUUCCUUUUGCAAGGCUAUUGCCGAGGAGCACGCGGCCCCAGAUACUGAGCUUUCGCAGAAGUCACUGAAAGACUGCGAGCUGGUCAGAGAGCUUCUGUCCCUUGGCGAUGUCGUUGCCUUAGAAGCCGGCACUGCCAAGUUCCAACAACUCAGCGGCGAAGCGAGCGGGGGGGCUGUCAUCGCUUUCUUCGCAAAGCACAAGAUUGGCCAAGCUUUGGCGCAGGCUGCAGCUGACGUGCUGGCUGAGGGAUCUUCACGCGUGGCUGCAGAGACCAGCCUCCAGAAAGCUUCCGCUGCCUUAGACACCGCCCAGGCCGCCGGCUGCGUCACGGCAGAUGUGCUUACGUGUUCAGCUGCGGCCUUCUGGGGGCAGAGGCGCGUAGUCUCGCAAGAGAUCCAAGCGCUGAAGCAGCAGGGGCCGCAGCAAGCCAGGCUUGCCAACAGGUACGCCACCAAGCUGGAGCUGCUGGUAAAAGAGUUUUGGAAGUGGCUGCUGUCCGGACUGCGGCAGGAGCUAUGCAACACCGUGUCUGGAGUGCUCGAGAGUACGAGAGCGCUAUUUCACGACGACAGCGCGCGAGAGGCAAUAGAGUUCUCCGUCGCUGACGUGGCUGAAGUGCUCGCAAACAAAGAAAUCAUAGAGCACCGGUUCUGGCAGGAGGCUCAGCCAGAGCUGAGCGAAGACAAGAAGUUGCUGAAGCUCUUGGACUGCUACAAGGUGAUCGCUGAGCAGGCCACGCAGCUUGUCCGGUUCAGCUUGUCUAUGGAGCCCAAGCUGCGCUGGGCCUUUGCAGGUGCCGCGGUGCCAGGACUCCCUGCGCCCGAGGUGCUGCACAGUUUCAAGUCGCUGCCCGAAAGAGUGCUCGCUCUCGGCGGGGAUGACAGGGCGCCGUCCCGGGCGCCUGCGGCUCUUUCCUGGAGCGUUCUACUCGACAAAGUCGACCAGCAGCUGCAGAGCCAAGAGAUGGCAGGCUUCACCGCUCUUGGCGCUCUUGUUAGAGACUUCCUGCGCAGCAGAGGGGAGGGGGCAGCCGAGUCAGCGCCAGCAGCUGUGAGAGUGGAGGAAGUGAAGCUCGGCAUCCCCCAGGAGAAUGAGGUGCGCGCGGUGACUGACGCAGUUCUGGAGGCCCAAGGGGGCCACCAAAGCUAA